GAAAACAGUCAGUCAAAGAUUGUACCUCUCUUGACGCAGACUACCAGAAUCACUGCAGAUAUAAACAAGACGCAGAUUAAAAGAUGUCUAAAGUUAUCCUCGUGGUGUUAGUUGCAUUUCUUGGUGUAGUGACGGCAGCCAUUGUUGACUGGGACGCUGUCGAYGAUGAACCAUUUCUYUUUAAACGAAGACCUGAGUCGGUCAACAUAAGGAGGUGUCUUGCUGCCCAUAAUGAAUAUCGCAGACGCCAUGGAGCACCACCCCUAAUAUGGGAUACAGAAUUAGCCAAUGAUGCACAGAACUACGCCAACAAACUAGCAGCGGAACAUGCAUUUAGGCAUGACCAAAAAGAACUAACAGUUAAAAAUGAAGGAGAGAAUUUGGCAUCUUCAAUGGGAGCCAAGUUAGAUUGCGCGGGGGCGACGAAGUUGUGGUAUGAUGAAGUCAAAGAUUAUGAUUUCUCACAUCCUGGAUUUAACCAUAAAACAGGGCACUUCACUCAGGUUGUUUGGAAAGCAACUAAACGUGUUGGAGUUGGUAUUUCCUCGUCAGGCAAAGAAUACCGUGUUGUAGCUCGCUACAGCCCCCCAGGGAACUAUUUUGGACAAUUUGCUGAGAACGUAGAGCGUUGAAGACGUACGUCGUUAGCGAUAUCAUGUUUAUCCUAGUUUAGAUAGCUGGAACAUAACCCUAUGCAGUCAAAGAUGGCAUAUACCUAAGUUUUGCUUUUUCAUAAAAAGACGUUGAAGUUGUUGCGUUGCUUUCUAGAAAUAGAGAAUAAACUAUUGCUACUGGGAUUGUGUAAUCUUAAAAAAUAUUAAAGGUGAUUAACUAAAAAUAUUUAUCAUAUAAUCAAAAAGACUCUUGUAAUGCAAUGCAAUAAUUAUAUUCAAUAAAUAAAGAUUACCUUUUUGCGUA